GCCCCUUAUCUAGUUUACGUAGACCUCCGCAAGAACGAAGAGAAAAAGGCGGCGGGCCGCAUUGUUCCCUCUGCGCGUCGAGAGCAGCCGCGCGGAACCUGCUCGAAGGAAUGCUAAUAUGACGAGCUUGGGUCUGCAAAGUGUUAUCCACCUUGGAGCUUUACCCCUCGGUAGAAACAGCCGCUGGCUGCUCCCCCGCUGCAAAAGAUGUCACAGUUCGUUUCCUUCCAUGAGGAGCGCCCAAGAAACAAACGAACAAUUAUUGGUGGUGGUGGGUGGUGGUGCAGCUGGUAUUUAUGCUUCAAUAAGAGCAAAAAACAUAGCGGCUCAUCUAAAUGUGAUGGUCAUUGAAAAGGGGAAGCUUUUAUCAAAGGUUAAAAUUUCCGGUGGAGGUCGGUGCAAUGUGACAAAUGGGCAUUUUGUUGACUCAAUGAGAUUGACAGAAAAUUAUCCUAGGGGAAACAGAGAACUGCGGGGGUCUUUCUUUAAUAUCCAUGGUCCACAGGACACCAUGUGCUGGUUCUCUGAUCAUGGUGUCCAGCUUAAGACAGAAGAAGAUGGAAGAGUUUUUCCUGUUAGCAAUACCUCGGCCUCUAUAGUGGACUGCCUUCUUAGUGAAGCAAAUAGGAGUGGAGUUUCACUGCAGACAGGAAAAGUGGUUUCAGGUGCAUCCAUUGUUGAUAAUGGUAAGUUCCUUUUGAAGGUUGAGAAACGUACAGUUGAUUUUGUUGAAUAUAUUCAGGCUGAUUACAUAUUAGUUGCCACUGGGAGCAGCAGGCAGGGUUACGCAAUUGCUGUCCAGCUUGGUCAUUCCAUUGUAGACCCAGUGCCCAGCUUAUUCACAUUCAAAAUUGAGGAUAUACAACUGGCAAGUUUGUCUGGGGUUGCAUUUCCAAGAGUUAAAGCAAAGUUAAAGUUAGAAACAUCCCACAGAAAUAUACCUGAAUUUACCCAGGUUGGGCCUAUGUUAGUGACUCAUUGGGGUCUCAGCGGUCCUGUGAUUCUUCGGUUAUCUGCUUGGGCAGCACGCGAACUGUUCCUUUCCAAUUACACAGGAAUGCUUUUUGUAGACUUUACUCCUGAUAUUCGUAUAGAUGAUCUGAAGCAUAUCCUCUUUCAGCACAAGGCUCAGCUUGCGAAGCAUAAGGCAAGCAAUUCAUUUCCUUCACAAUUCGGUUUGGUGAAAAGAUUUUGGAGAUAUUUAUUGGAACGCGAGGGUUUAGAUGGAGAUAUAUUAUGGGCUUCCAUAUCAAAUAACCACUUAAAUUCACUAGCUCUUCUGCUAAAGCAAUGCCCAUUUAAGGUUGUUGGAAAGGGUCAUUUUAAAGAUGAAUUUGUCACUGCUGGUGGUGUCCCACUUUCGGAGGUUCAUAUUUUUCUUAAUAUAUCACUUGACACCAUGGAGAGCAAGAUAAGACCAAAUCUUUUCUUUGCAGGAGAGGUACUGAAUAUUGAUGGAAUUACCGGUGGAUUCAACUUUCAGAAUGCCUGGACUGGUGGAUACAUUGCUGGGACAAACAUUGGUGAACGAGCUUCAAGUUAUCUCCUGAAAAAGAAAAUGUUGUGAUCAAAACUUGACUCAAGUUGAAACAAAAAAGCUACUUCAGAUAAUUGGCAUACAUUAACCAAGUCAAAGGAGACCAGCACAAGGUGCUUGUAUCAGUGAAGACAAAAGAAAAGGAAAAUGAUGGGGAUCUUCUUCUCAUUGUUGCUCGUCCAUUGAAUCAAAGAAGCAUCUAUUUGCAAGUGAUGGAUGAUUUUCUAACAGAAAUAGCAUACCUGAGUGUCAUUAUUAUCACAAUCAUAAGUCAGCUUAUGGAGUGGAUAAUGAUUUUAUCUCAACCCAAUUAUUACAAAGGUUUGCUGGAGUGAUGUUCUUUUUGCAUGCGCUGUAGACCAUAAGUUUCAUGCCAGUAGCCCUUGGAAAAUUUGGAUGAAUUGAGUUUGAUUCUUUAGUGGAUAGUGGAAGUUAGUUUGGAGCUGCAAACAAUUUGUUUCAGAAUGGGUUCCCCAAGAAAGCACAAUCCCCAUUCUAAUAACAUCCCAAGAGGACCAGACCUUCAGUCAAAAUGAACGCUACUGCUCGUUUAUGGUCAUGUGAUUCUUUUUUAAUCUUUCUGUAGGCCAAGUGUUCUGGUUGCCUGAUUUGAUUGGAAAUUGCAGCUUCAUGAAGCGAAUUAGUUCAUGUAUCUUUUUAAAGACUUCUCUUUUUGAGGAAAGACUACAUUUUUUAAAGACUAUAUGGAGAUUUAAUAUGCUUGCACUGA